CCGCGAGCUGCCGGCCCACCGCCGGAGCCCUGAGGAGGCCCCAGGAGAGGCAUCUUCUUGCGGAGCCGCCGGGCGUGGGGGGCACGGCGGCCGCCCACUGGGGCAGGAGGACUAGGAGGAAGCGGCACUGCCUGCCGCCGAGAGGAAGCGCUUCCACCCGGCCCCCGACGGCGCUCGUUUAACCACAUCCGCGCCUCCGCUGGAAACGCUUAACGGCGCCUGUCACCGGUUCCCUCCAUUUUGAAAGGGAAAAAGGCUCUCCCCUUCCCCUCCUCUUAGGAGCUGGAGCCGGGGGAUCCGCGCUCAUGGCGUUCAGUCCUUGGCAGAUCCUGUCCCCCGUGCAGUGGGCGAAAUGGACCUGGUCCGCCGUGCGCGGCGGGGGCGCCGGAGACGACGAGGCCGGAGGGCCCGAGGGCGACCCCGAGGAGGAGGACUCGCAAGCCGAGACCAAAUCCUUGAGUUUCAGCUCGGAUUCUGAAGGUAAUUUUGAGACCCCUGAAGUUGAAACACCCAUCAGAUCACCUCUCAAGGAAUCCUGUGGUUCAUCACUAGGAUUAGCAGGACCUGGAGCCAAAACCCAAGACUCACAAGAAGUUGAUGAACAGCUGAUAGCAGAAGUGGUUGAGAAAUGUUCGUCUGAGACUUGUUCCAGACCCUCAGAAAAUGAGGUUUCACAGCAGGCUCUUGGCUCUUACUCAGUCAAGGAUUUCAGAGAAGAACCCGAACGUGAUAUUAGCAAAAUUUCAGUAGUGAGGCCAUUUUCAAUAGAAACCAAGAACUCCACGGCUAUCUCAGAGGCGGCUGGCGGACCAGAAGCAGCAGAUGGCUGUGUGACUGCCAUCUCAGGUGAGGCUCUGCCCUCCAGCCUGCCAGAAGCCAUCCAGGACACGGCUAUGACAGAAAGCAGCAUGGGGGUUACACUGGAGGCUUCCACAGAAGCUGACCUGAAGAGUGGGAACUCCUGUCUGGAGCCAGUGCCCAGCAGAAGCAAGCUAAGAAAGCCCAAACCCAUCUCUCUGAGGAAGAAACCAAUUGGCAAGUUCUCAGAAACAGAAAUGUCUGUGGAGGGCACGCCUCUCUCCCAGGCAUCCUAUCCUGACGAAAUGGAUGGGAACACACAUCCUUUGCUAGGAGAUGCCAGGAUCCAGAAAUCUUCCCCCGACAUUAAGGAAGCGUCAAGCAGUACUCCCAGUAGUGACACCAAUGAUUCUGGGGUUGAGCUGCUGGAGGAGUCGAGGAGCUCACCUCUGAAGCUUGAGUUUGAGUUCACAGAAGAUGUUGAAAAUGUAGAGUCCAGGAAAGGCCUUCCUAGGAAACUUGGCAGGAAACUGGGUAACAAACUGACUCCCAAGGUACAGAAAGAUGGUGCCAGUAAGCCAGGAGGUGCCAGAGGUGCAGAACCGCCUCUGGACCCAGCCGCAGUCGAUGUUCCUCUCUCCCAGGCAUCUUCUAAGCUGGAUCCCAGUCAGUGGGAUGACCCCAGCGGCAGUCCCCUUGGAGGCCAGUCCGCUCUGCAGAACUCCCCUCCCCUUUCCUCUAAGGGCUUCUACCACUUUGAUGAAUCCACGGAUCCCUUUAAACCAACUACAGCUUUAACAAAUGGCGACUUUUGUUCUCCUGCUGGUAAUCAUGUUAAUGAAAUCUUAGAAUCGCCCAAGAAGGCAAAGUCGCGUUUAAUAACGAGUGGCUGCAAGGUGAAGAAAUACGAAACGCAGCCUCUUGCCUUGGAUGGGUGUUCGCAGGAUGAAGGAGCAGUGAUCUCCCAGAUUUCAGACAUUUCUAAUAGGGAUGGCCAUGCUACUGAUGAGGAGAAAUUGGCAUCCACUUCAUCUGGUCAGAAAUCCGCCGGGGCCGAGGUGAAAGGUGAGCCAGAGGAAGACCUGGAGUACUUUGAAUGUUCCAAUGUUCCUGUGUCUACCAUAAAUCAUGCGUUUUCAUCCUCAGAAGCAGGCUUAGAAAAAGAGACGAGCCAGAAGAUGGAAAAAGAUGGAUCUGCCGUGCCUGGACUGUCGGAGUCCCCUAUGGAGACGGCCCCCGUAUCCGUGGCCUGUGGAGGUGAGAGCGCCCUGGAUGGCAUCUGCCUCAGUGAAUCAGAUAAGACAGCCGUGCUCACCCUGAUAAGAGAAGAGAUAAUCACUAAAGAAAUUGAAGCAAAUGAAUGGAAGAAAAAAUAUGAAGAAACCCGACAAGAAGUCUUGGAGAUGAGGAAAAUUGUGGCUGAAUAUGAAAAGACCAUUGCCCAAAUGAUUGAAGAUGAACAAAGGACAAGUAUGACUUCUCAGAAAAGCUUUCAGCAACUGACCUUGGAGAAGGAGCAGGCCCUGGCUGACCUUAAUUCUGUGGAAAGGUCCCUUUCUGAUCUCUUCAGGAGAUAUGAGAACCUGAAAGGUGUUCUGGAAGGGUUCAAGAAGAAUGAAGAAGCCUUGAAAAAAUGUGCUCAGGACUACUUAGCCAGAGUUAAACAAGAGGAACAACGAUAUCAGGCUCUGAAAAUCCAUGCAGAAGAAAAACUAGACAAAGCCAAUGAAGAGAUUGCUCAGGUUCGAACAAAAGCAAAGGCUGAGAGUGCAGCUCUGCAUGCAGGACUCCGGAAGGAGCAGAUGAAGGUGGAGUCCCUGGAAAGGGCCCUUCAGCAGAAGAACCAAGAAAUCGAAGAACUGACGAAAAUCUGUGACGAGCUGAUUGCAAAGCUGGGAAAGACUGACUGAGUUUCCCGUUAGCUCAGCAGAUGUGCAUCUGGCUGCUUCUGUCGUGACCACAGUUAUCUUGCCUUAUCCAGGAAUUAUUCCCCUUUGCAGAGAAAAAAAACUUUGUAAAAGCACAUGCCUACUGCUGCCUGUCCCGCUUUGCUGCCGACGCACAGCCCUGGAAGAAACCCUGGAGUGUUGCACAGUCACGGAGGAGUGGGCUCUGCUGGUCCUCGAGUCCUUCACAGCGCCGUCGAUGGGGCCAGGUAGACAGGCUGCUAAGUUGGGUUUGUGAUUUCUGUCUUCAGUUCACUUUCAAGUCAGCUUUACUUUUCCAGGUGUGUUAAAUUUGUUAUUUUAUGGCUACUCUUUGGGGCCAUCUCCUGUCUGAUAUUUUUGGAGACCUAUUUAUUUCAUCUUUUAAAUUUAAUUCUUAGUAUUAGUGGUUUUAUUUGGGGAGGUAAUUUGGCUUUUGUCACAUCUGAUUUGUAAACAAGAAGGGACUCUUGAGUACCCAUUUAUACACACAUACACACACACACUUACAUAUGCUGCUGCUUUUCCCCUGAAGCUUAGUCAAAUGAGAACUCCACAGAAGAGCUUGUUUCCAUAAGUGCAAAAGCCUCUUUUGGAAUAGAGUCCAGGCUCAGAAUACCAACUUCAGAAUUUUGAGGGGUUGAAGAGUGAAAACCCCAGACUCCUGUCUGUCAUGACCCAUAACCCUGGCUCAGGUUGCACGUCCAGGGAAGACUUCGCUGUCCUAUUUUGUUGUCCUGGUAUUUGGACACGGCUCAGCCUUGAUGAGUGUGAAUGUGGCCCUUUGGGGUUAGUCCGCAGGCUGAUAGUGUCUGCUUUCUGCAUGAACAGCAGAGUGGGGCUCCCUCAGAGCUGGGGUGUGGCUAGGUCGUCUGGAACCUCUUUGUCUCCUCUGCUUUACUUGUUGCUACAAAACCAGUAUCUCCUCUUUAUUAUCUAUUUGAAAUAUGCCAAGAAAAUCUACUUGUAAAAGGUUUAGAUGAUCUUAUAUAAUUAAAGGGUAACUGUAACACCAUCAGCAAUGAUGAGAUGAAGAAACAUUUGAUUUUCCCAAGUGUUAUGCCUUGUUCUUCAGAUUUUUUCUUUAAGGCAAAAAAAGUCCUUUCAAACUUAAGACAGAAUUUUUAACAAAAUGGGCAGUAAAAAUCAUGUGAACCACUCUGAUAAUCAGCGCAUUUUGAAUAUUUUUAAACAAAGGCCAUUUGACUAGUGGAGGAGGGGAGAGCAGGGAGCACAGCCACUCGCAGAACCCGGCUCCUCCGCUCUUCCUGCACUUGGUCAGGGUGGUGGGCCGUCAGCACCCAACUGGAAACUGCACUGUCGCCAGUGAAUUCCCUAGCAUCUGAUAGGCAAAACCCAAUCCCUACAAGUGUUUUAAAGCACUCUUUUGUCUUAAUCUUAACACCCUGAAAGUCUUCAUGGUGAUAUGCACUAUAUUCAGUACAUGUAAGUUUUCGUACUUUUCCUGUAAAACUGUUGCAUGAUCCAACUUUAGCAAUGAAUUGUGCCUAGUGGAGAACUUCUAUAGAUCUUUCAACAUGAAUUUUUCUUUAGAAGUGUGCUAUUCACAUGGGUACAAUCAUUAGCCCCAGAAAGGUCAGUCAUGUCUUUUAAAGCCAGAAGUCAUGUUUUACCAAUAUACGUUUAUCAUAAUUGGUGCUUAGGCUGUAUUUUAAAGCCUAUUGUCUUACCAUUUUGUACAAAAAAGAACAACAGAAGUGAUCUGUGGUUGGAGAAGUGACUUGACAAUCAUUUGGGCUUUGAAAACAGUCACUGGAUCAAUGUGAGUGCUUAUACUGUAGUCUAAGCACGGUGGAGUACAGGUGUCCCCAGGUGUGUCACUGAUUUUCUUGUUUAGUCCUCUCCUACCAGGAAAAUUAACUGCAUUUUGCAGAAAGAAACAUUGCUAAACUUUUUUGCUGCUGCUGUAUUUUGGUGACAUGUCCAUGUUUACUUGUUUUCUGUUGAUUUGUUUUAAGCAUGGAAGGUUUCUAAUGGUCUCCAUUAUAAAUCCUAGUCCUCCUUUUAGGUUUCUUGUGUAUAUUAAAAAGAAGGUAGCUGUGUAUUAAAACAGGUGACGACAAUCCUUCCUUAGCACACUGGUAAAAGACCCCUUAAAAACUAGAUUGUAGAAUGAGGUUGUUGCACAAGGAAUACGAGAGGGUCCUUGUUAAGUAAUAUUUGCCUCUGGCCUCUCAGGCAUGACCAUUACAAAAAUAUGUUCUUCCAAUUCAAUAGGUGGAUAUUGCUCAACAAGAAUAAAAAUGUAGCUGCAAAUCAAGAGAAUAUACUGGACAGAAUAAAGUGUAUUUGUUUAUUUUUUUUUAAAUAAGCAAAAAAACUCCAGAGAGUAAAAAUAUAGCCUAGAGUUGACCCCCAGAGGGCCAGAUUGCUUGUUAAGCAAUAAAAACCCAGUUACAAAAGUGAGGAGAAAUGAAUGGAAGUUGCUGGCCUAGGUUGUGGUUGGUAGGUAUUAGGCGAUCUUGUUGAGGCUCUGGAUCCAGAGCCAUUUUUUAAGUUUUUGACUUUGCCAAAGCGUAGAUAGGUAGUCUUUCUCUUCAAGUAUUUUAAUUGGAGACUGAACAGUUUGUCACUUGGUUGGCUGAUCAGUUACAGUCAGACCUCCUGAAAUUGACUACAUUGGGAGAAGCUCCUGAAGGCCUGCCCAAACCUUUUGUUCUGUAAAACUGUUCUGGAAAUAUUGAGAAGUCUCGUUUUCUCACGUGAUUUCCCGUGUCUUCAGACGCAGCCCAAAUUAGGAAGUACAUAAACACGGGGUGGUGCAAAACUGAGUAUCUGGCCGCCUUCCAGAAUGAUAUGGACUCUAAAGGGAGAUUUAUGUUUGGUUUUGGGGGCUUGCUCAAGUGGAAUUUUCUUUCUAGCCAGUUACCCUUUCUACCUGUCCCACACUUUGUGCAACUCUCACACCGAUACUUAGAUCUUCACUGGACAGCUCUGAGUUAGUCCUGUUCGUGACCGGGAGGAGUAAACUGCCCAGAUGCUCCUGAGUUGUCGGAAAGCAGCUAGAGGGAAGCACUCACCUUAGAUAAAGGCAGCUGAGGCUGGUGGCUUAUCUACAGCUCAGAAUGGAAUUUUUAAAGAGCAAGCAUUGGUAAUCUUGUGUGCACUAGUUGGAUAUGAUUCAGUACAUCUUUUUCUAGUGGCAUCAAAACUCUAAAGCUCAUCCUUUAUUCCCUUUUGGUUUUCACUACAAGUAGCAGCCGACUCACGGAACCGCCCAUGACUAUUGUCUUUUCGUUGUGGUUUUGUGACCAUGUGAGUGUGCUCUCGGACUUGGGUUUCUUACUUUGUCCUCUUAUUGGAAAGAGAGAAUCUAGGUGUUGAAAGAUUAAAUGAUUCAGGCAAAGCAUUUUAAAGCAAAGAUGUAUAUAUUCUGAAUAAUUUUAAAGUUAGCAGAUUAUUAUUUGCUUAUUAAAAAACAAAUAUAGUCUGGGGAUCCCAGAAUGUCAGGCCAAAGGUCUAAGAAGUCAUCCUCUUCAAAGAUUUUAAUAGAAAUGUUUUGAGGAGACUUCUGUCCAAAAAGGUUUGACUGGCCUCCAGAUCCUAGUGAUUUUUAAAGAGCAAUUUAUCCCUCAAACCUUGAGUCUCCUAUAUAGGAAAGGUAAAUAAGUCGGACACUUCUCUCUACGGAUCUCCUCUGGAAGAUCAUGUAAAUGGCAGCAUUUCCAGGGAAGACUCUCCCUAGUGCCCAGAGCUAGCAUUCUGGAGACUAAAGAUUGCACUUUUUGUAGUUCUUUGUCCAAAUGCAAUCCCAUUUCUGUGCCUCUUAGCAUGCAGUUAGAUUUGGACAAACAAGAUUCCUAAGGAAUGACCUUAUUAACUAUAAUAUGGUUACAGCUAUUACAUAUAUAUAAAUAUAUAUUCUGAUUAUAGUUCUAAUAUAGAGAUGUUGCGUGCAAUGCUGACAGUCUUAACUCAUUUGGAGGAGUCCAGGUGUGGGGCUGAGGUGUGGCUUGAACCUUCCCUGUGUCGAUUCUUCAGAACUGUAAAGCUGCCACUUUCUCCCCUCUGCCUUUUAGUGCUAUCUGAAUAGACUCCAAAAAGUAUUCCCAGUCACAUGGUUCACCAAUAUUCUAUCUUAAUAGUUUCCAAGUGGACACAUAAACAUUGGAACUCAGAAACCACCCCCAGUCCAGAUACAGGGCAGUCUGUCACCACACCCACAACCUCGGCCCUGGUCCUUCUCACCCAAUGGGACAGGACCCAGGUAUUUCUUUUAAAUCUCAGAGGUAGCAGUAAACUUUCAGUGUUGCUGUUAGCAAGUGUGUUGCCAGUAGAUACCCAUUUGUACCCAUGUGCCAACAAGUAACUGUUAAUUGCACAUCUGCUCCCACCGUGUCCCCACGGGUGCCAUGAAGUGUGUGAGGAGCCUCGUCUGGAGGAUGAGCGCUGCAUUAACUACUGCUGUCAGGAUUGUGUCGUGUGGAAUGAUCAUCUACAUAGAUUUUAUAUGCACAGUAAUUUCCCUUUUAUAUGUCAGGUAAAUAUUUGUAAGAGUUAUACUCACACAAAUGAAAUUAUUAUAAUGAUUACUAAUAUAUUUUUUCCAUGUUUCAUUGCCUGAAUAAAAACUGUUUACC